UAGAAGAAUUCGAGUAUUUUGGGGGAAAUGUAAUAAAUCAAGAAUAGUUUAAAUUAAAACUAACAGGAAAUAUAUGCACUACGUUUACAUAAAGUACUGGUUAUUCUCUGAGUAUGCAAAGUCACAACGGUAUAAAAGGCAUUUUUUUUUUUUUGCUUUUAAAUCAAGUUUAACAGGCCAAAAACAGAGUAGAGAUUGUUUGUAAAUAAAUAAAUAAUGUAUUGGCUGUUUCUAAUUAAAUUUGGAAAGAAAAUGUUUUACUGAAAAAAGUACAAUAUAGUGAAACAAGUGCUAAAAGCACAUGGCAGGUAUAUGCAUUUGUGGCUGUGGCUUUCUUUUUGAAUUGGGUUUGCUAGUUUCAGUCAGGUUUCAAUGGAACUGCUACAGCAGAUGAUUGAUGGAAAUGUAAUCCAAUCAAAUCCAAACAAAGCUAUUCGCGAACCGGAAUGUCCUGCUCGAUCAUCCAAUAAGAACUUGUCAUGCACAAAAUGGGUUGGUCUAAGAGCCCACAUUGACCAAUAGAAUUUGGCGUCUUACGCCUGCAGUGAUACAUGACUCCGCCUCUGGCUUCCAUUUCUGAACUGGGGAGACGGCGCCGCUCUAGCUUAUAGUCCUCGCUUUUUAUAUACACACUUAGGUAAAACUACGUUCUUUAUUGUAUUUUUGGACUUUUCUAGAGGUAGCGAGAGGAGUGUGCUUUUUUAUUUAAUUUGGCGCCCUACGCUGUCUGAGUUGUGACUAGAUCUUAAGCUACAAUUUUUUUAUUAUCCCUUUUAACUUUACUCAGCGGCGCUUUCCGCCGUUUUUUUUUUCGGUUUUCUUUUCGCCGCCCCGCUCACUACCCCCUUGCGUGUGAGUAGGGGCCUGCAACGUUGGUUUAGCCACGAGGCACGUCUGUACAGUACAAACAGAACGAUGGCGGAGUUCGGUAACGGUCUGGCGGAUGAAUCUUUACUAGAUUCGGACUCCGGACAUCCCGAGCUGGAGGACCCGGGUGUCGGCGACGAGGAACCCGGUUUAGAAGAAGGAGAGGCCGCUAUUGAAGACCCGGAGCUGGAGGCGAUUAAAGCACGGGUUCGAGAGAUGGAGGAAGAGGCAGAGAAGCUGAAGGAACUACAGAACGAAGUGGAGAAACAGAUGAAUCUCAGCCCCCCACCAGUUGGUCCUGUCAUCAUGUCCAUCGAGGAAAAGAUGGAGGCGGACGGCAGAUCUAUUUAUGUUGGCAAUGUGGACUAUGGUGCCACAGCAGAAGAACUUGAGGCACAUUUCCAUGGCUGCGGUUCAGUAAACAGAGUCACCAUCCUAUGUGACAAGUACACAGGGCAUCCCAAAGGGUUUGCUUAUAUUGAGUUUGCAGACAAAGAAUCUGUUAGGACAGCCAUGGCCUUGGAUGAGUCCCUUUUCAGAGGAAGGCAGAUAAAGGUGGGAGCCAAGAGAACAAACAGACCAGGCAUCAGCACCACAGACCGCGGUUUCCCACGGGCUCGGUUCAGGUCACGGGGAGGCAGUUUUUCCUCACGUGCACGCUACUACAGUGGAUACACCCCCCCCAGAGGCAGAGGACGGGCCUUCAGGUUUCAGGACCAGUGGAGGCUGACAACUCCUCCCCAGGUGGCGCCGGCCCCCCCCACUGUCUCAGCAGCAUCUCUCUCUCUCUCUGCUCCCGCUAUGCACACUCACCCCAUCCUGUCGGUGUGGGGGGGUGGGGGUGGGGGUCAGAGCGACCACAGGCCUGCUGCAGGAGGCAUUUACUACAACAGCAAACGCUGACGCUUUUAGUCCUUUUACACACUUCAAAUCUACACACACGCACACACACACCAACACACACACACUGCAGUGGCACGUAACCGGCUGCCAACCCAACACACCAUUUAAACAGAGCUGAAACAAAGCUUGAGUGUCAGGCAAGUUUGCGUGAGUGAGGAAGGCAGGACCAGAGAUGAGGGUGAUCUUUGGGGUGUGCAGCACUAACCUGAAGGCCCCCCCCUUUCUCUGACUACGCACAGUGCAGUCACGGCUUGUCUGAGAAAGACUGAACUAACAGCAGUGAUAAAUAAUUCAAAGGAGUGGGCUGGAGCUGUUUUAGGAUGGGGGAAGUCAGGGGGUGGGGUUUGAGCAGGUUUUUUUUUUCUUUUUUCUUUUUUUUUUUGAAAAGAGGGGAGUGGGUUUGAAAAGAUGUUUGCUUUUUUAUUUUAUUUUUAACCCAUGAGUCUGUAAUUAGAAAAAAAAAAUAAAGACAUUGU